GACAGGGAGACAUUACGUGCAGAGUCAUCGUACGCUUCACAUCGUUUCGUUGAGUCUCCUUCACGAACUACAACCAUGUCUGGCCGUGGCAAGGGUGGAAAGGCUAAGGGAAAGUCAAAGUCCCGCUCGAAUCGCGCUGGACUGCAAUUCCCCGUUGGACGUAUCCACAGGCUUUUGCGUAAGGGAAAUUACGCUGAGCGCGUUGGUGCCGGCGCCCCGGUCUACCUGGCCGCCGUGAUGGAGUACCUCGCCGCUGAGGUGUUGGAAUUGGCGGGAAACGCUGCUCGUGACAACAAGAAGACCAGGAUUAUUCCCAGGCACUUACAGCUGGCCAUUCGUAAUGACGAGGAAUUGAACAAGCUGCUCUCGGGCGUUACCAUCGCUCAGGGUGGUGUACUGCCGAACAUUCAAGCAGUACUUCUGCCAAAGAAGACCGAGAAGAAGGCUUAAUUACAAAGCAAUUUCAACACGAUCUUAUACAACCGGCCCUUUUUAG